AUGGUUGAAACUAGCUUAUUUGAUUCACAUGAAAAUGCAAAAGUUGGAGUUGCAAAUGUUAUAAUCAAUUCAGAUAUUGUUGAUGUGAAGACAGGUCAGAUAUAUAAGGAUAAAGCAACACUUGUAGAUGUGAUGAUGAAAUAUAAGAUAAAGAACAACUUCAAUUGCAAAGUAAAGAGGUCUGAUCAACAAAGCUAUGUGUUGGUAUGCUUUUCAGACAAAUGUGGUUGGACUAUGAAGGCGCCGUGCAGGAAAAAAUCUGAUAUAUUCAUUGUUAGAAAUUUCAAUAGUGAACAUACGUGUCCGAUGAGGGAGAGGGUAUUAACCAAAGUCCAAGCAACAGUCGGAUUUGUAAGUGGAGUGACACCUCCAAAAUUGGUCAAUUAUAAACGAAUUUAUAUACCAAGAGAUAUAAUUGAUGAUAUUAGAGAAUAUUAUGGGGUUGAAAUAUCUUACCAGCAAGCAUGGCGUGCUAAAGAACGUGCACUCUCCAUGAUUAGGGGAAAACCAUCUGCAGGAUAUAGACGGAUGCCGCGAUACAUACACAUGUUAAAAACUGUGUAUCCAGAUUCUUAUAUAAGAAUGCAUAAGACUGAAGAGGAUGAAAUUAUGUAUCUGUUCAUCGCCUUAAGACCAUUCAUUAGGGGAUUUAAAUACUGCAGACCAGUAGUUGUUGUGGAUGGUGCACAUCUGAGUGGAGCUUACAAAGGGACAUUUGUAUCAGCAAGCAUACUUGAUGGCGCAGAUAGAAAUGAGAGUAUCAUGAAGAGUGUGAGGAUUGUGUUCCCCGAUGUACCUUAUUAUGCAUGCAUCUGGCAUCUUUGGAAGAAUAUAUGUGGAAACUUCAAAAGGAGCAGAAAGGCCAUAAGUGAUCUAUUCUACUCUAUGGCCAAGGCAUAUAGAAAGAAUGAUUUUGAUAAAUUGAUGGCUAAGGUUGAUAGAAUUGAUCACAGGGUUAAGGAGUACCUUGAAUAUGCAGGUUAUGAAAAGUGGUCAAGAGUUCAUGCAAUAGUAAACAGAGGUAGAAUGAUGACUUCAAACAUUGCAGAAUGUAUCAAUGGUUGUCUUGUUGAAGCACGCCAAUUAACUAUGUUAGAAUUCUUGGAAGAGAAUGUCACCGAUAUGAAUCCGUAUUGCUCUGAUUAUUACAAGCCUAAUGCGUUGGCAAAAACAUAUGAAAUUCCAAUGGUACCAAUGCCAGAUAAGGAAGAUAGGUCAGAUCCUAAACACGUGGUAGCUGAAACUGUGCAUCCACCUAGAUACAGAAGAUCAUCUGGACGACCAAGAAAAAGAAGAAGAAAGAAUGCAGAUUAA